AAUUAUUCCAAAUCAAAUGCAUAUAUUUUCAUUUAACAAUAGUUCUACUCUCCUUUACUUUUUCGGACGGACCACACACCCUAUUGGAUCAGAUUUCUAACCAAACCGGGCCGCGGCCUAUAUAAUGGAUUGGUCGCGACUCGCGUGGGAAAAGACCGCGGGAAACCCGCGCAAUCAAGGCUAGAGUGCACCACCCACCACCACUUCCAUUCUCCCGCCCGCUACAAUACGCCAAGAAGCAAAUUUCAAAAAGUCGCAAUCUUUAUCCGCUUUUUCUCCUUCACCCCCAUUUGCUUUCCUUCCCAUUUCUUUCAAAACCCCCAAUCGGAAGCCGGGUUUUGUAGCGAGUCAGCUAGCACCGAAAACGAUGAUGGGGUGGCGGCAGCAGCAGCCGCCGGUCUCAGCUUCCGGUGCCGGCGCCGGUCAUCUGCAGACCCAGCUGGGAAACGGAGGAGGAAUUCACAACAAUGCGGCGGCGGAGGCGCUGAUUGGAAGUGGGUUGGGUGUUCAAGUGAUGACUGAUGAACAAAUGGAGAUGCUUCGGAAGCAAAUAUCAGUUUACGCCACGAUUUGCGAGCGGCUCGUCGAGAUGCACACCUCCUUCUCCCUCAAUCGCCCUGAAUUUUCGGGUAUGCUGCCAUAUGGCGACCCUUUGUCAUCCUGCGGCUCAUCCAGGAUUCCAUCAAGGCAAAGAUGGGCGCCAAAGCAGGCACAGCUGCAAAUCCUCGAGCGAAUCUUCGCUCAGUGCAAUGCAAAUCCAGGCAAAGAGAAGAUCAAGGAGAUCACCGCUGAGCUGUCUAAGUACGGUCAAGUUAAAGAAGCCAGUGUCUACAACUGGUUUCAGAACAGGAGGGCUCGUUGCAAAAGGAAGCAAUCAUCAGCUCCAGGGGCGCCGAAAGCUGUAAACUUUGAUGUUGAAGCAGAGCUGGAUGCUGCUGCCAAGGAGAAGGAGAAUAAGCAGCCAGCAGAAGAUGAGAAUGAGAACGAAAACGAGCAGCUUAUAGUCGAUCAGCUCUACUUCCACAGCCCAGAGAUUGGGAUCGACCAGUUGAUUGGCAAACUGGAGGUGUGUGACGGGUACAAUUUAUACUGGCAGGAGCAGCAAAAUGGCUUCUCCUGAUGAUGCUUCUUAUGCAGGUAGAUCUGGUAUAGAGCUGCUGCAUUAAUAGACACUGCUUAUCAAGUUAGAAUUAGAUGAAUGAUGAUUCACAGUUGAAAUGUAAAAUAGUUGCAAAAUAUAUAUAUGGGCUAGGGAAGGAGUUUUAUGUGGUAUAGGAAGAUAUGAAGCUAAUGUUCAGGAUAGUAAAGCGUGAAUCCAUUUGGGAUUCUUCUUGGCUUGUUAGUGGAGUGAUUGUUGCGUUAUUGGAACCUUAUAUAUUCCCACUUGUUUAUGGAUUGGAUUGGAAUAUGAUUGUGAUUAGACUUCAUUUUGGAUCCAUUUGGAACGUUUUGUAUCCGUAUUAGUAUACAAUCCAUUUCAAUCCAACCACAAAUGGUCGUGAAGUGAGAAUAAAAUCUCAAUCUAUGUAAUUCCUUAUUUAAGCUACCAUUCUUAUAACUUGCAACAGCUUUAAUACAUCCAUCUCUAGUCCUAGUCCUGCCUUGUGGGCUUGACAACAACUAAUCCAGAAAUUAAGACAGACUACAACUCGACAAGCCGCCGAAACGAAGCCAUUACUACAGUCUACAGCUGCUGGAGAUAGAUGGAAGCGGUUUUGGAACAGAUUGAUAAUGGAACUGGUUUUCAUUUUUCAAUAACCAAUAUAUAUAUAUAUAUAAUGAUAUAGUGCGUAUCUGUUCUAAAGAUUGGUUGUAUGGAGUUGUUAGAUAGUCACUAGAAUCAAUAUCCACGGCUACGCCGCGGGGACUUAAAUUGCAGUAAUUACAUAUACAAACACUUGCAUGGUAGUCUACCAAACUCAGGCCAACAAUUGUUAACCACGAUGGAAAUUUGACGAUGGUCAUCGAUUGAGGUGAGUUCACCAUAAGUGUCUGCACAACCCUCUAUUCCACCAUCUCUCCGCGGGAGUACUACGGUACAUUAAAUGUAUGAUGUAUCCCCCCCCCCCCCCCCCCCCCCGCUUUUUUUGCUAUAAAAGCUCACAAUUCACCAUAAAACUCUCUAUCAUUAGAUAACACAAAACGAAAACUUUGUGUAAGGCUAUUCCAUAAUAGUUACGUAAUUACAUCUCUCUGUAGGAGUAUUAUGGUAUGUAUAUCUUUUUCGUUUCGUUGUUUUUGUUAUAAAAAGUUAAAAACUCAAAAUUUAUUAUAAAACUCUUUAUCAUUAGAUCACACGAUACGACAAUUUUGUGCAACGCUAUUCUAUAGCGGUUAUGUAAUUACAAAUAUAUUACAUAAAGCUUCCAUAGCCACCAUAAGUUAUUUAUUAUUUGCAUUAAACUGUGUUGUAAGUUAGGUGGUUCUUACAUAACCGUAUAAUUAAGUGUAAUAUUUUUGUUAACUUAAUUUUAUUAUUAGACUGCAUCGUACGAAAAAUUUGUGUAACACUAUUCCAUGAGAAUUACGUCAUUCCAAUACAUUGUAUAAGAUUUA